AUGCAAUUUGACUUGGUUGUCUUGAUCACAUGCGGGUGCUUUCUCUGGCAAUUCCGUAGGCCAUCUGUGUCCGGAAGUGCCGCACGCACAGUGAAGAUGAUGCUAUACGGCGGGGUCCUGUAUUUCAUCAUUUUGGCUGUGUUCAAUCUCAUGAACCUGAUAUUCUACAAAUACGGAAACGAGGGUCUGCAAUCUGCUGGGAUAUCUCUACAGUAUACGAUGACGUGGGUUAUGUCCCAGAGAAUCCUCAUUCGGCUCCAAGAAGCAUCCAGGAAAGCCGGGGUCACUGAGACCAUCCUUAUUACCAACGCCGUCACUCCAGGGCCUCCCAUCAACCGUACCUUCCGUGCCCAAGUGAACUGUCAGCGGAAUGCGACAGCCGACGAAGAGCUCGGUGAGGGACGCGGUUCCAAAUUCUCUUCUGGAGAAGGUGCCCGUCGUUUCAACCCUGACAUCGAGCUCCCUGUCCGCGUCCGCGUCGAUAAGAGCGUUAAGGUUCAAUGGGAUAGCCUCUCCUCCACGAAUGUCUCGAAGACAUGA